AUGCAAAGUGAUAAUCAUUUCACAUAUACAACAGAUGGUAUAGACCCUUCAGCAAGGGCUUAUUGGAGAGAAAGUUUGGGAUAUAAUAGAACUAUUGAUAAUAGUAGGACUAGACGAAGAGAUACAAUGGAAACUACAAAUUAUAACUAUAGAGAUAAUACAAAUAGAAAUAGAACAAUAAUUGAAAGGAAUAUUGUUAAUACGUCUUCUUAUAAUAAUAUAAAUAAUUCAGGUAAUAUUGGUUCUAGAUAUAGUUUUUCUUCAAAUAAUAAUGUAGAACAAAAUAAUAUUCAGAAUAAUAAUAAUACAUCAAAUAACUCAAUAUAUAAUACUAGAAACUUUAAUAGAAUAAUGGACCAAUUUGAUAUAAUACAUGAUGCAGUGAUCCAAACUACAUCUAAUACAACUUUAAAUAAUUCACUUACAGGAUUACUUGAAAAUGUAAUAUUACCGACUAAUAUAAAUCCAAUCUUCAACAAUUAUAUGGGAGAUUUACCAAAUAUAAAUAAUCGAAUAUUGGGGAAUUCUACAAAUUUAAAUAAUAAUAUUCCAUUAUUUGAAGAAUUUACCAGACAAAGACAAAGAAUCAAUCAUGAACCAUUCCAAGUAUUAGUAGAAGUUAGUGAAUUUAUUAAUAUAAAUCCUGAAUCUGAAGAACCAAAACAUUAUGUACCUAAAAAUAUUAUAGAUAAUUUGCCAGUAUCAAGAUUUGAUAUUAAAAAAUCUGGUAACUUAGAAGAAGAUAAGAAACAAUGUUUAAUAUGUUUAGAAGAUUUUCAACAGAAUCAAGAAAUACUUUGGUUACCUUGUACACAUUGUUUUUGUAAGAAUUGUAUAUCUCGUUGGCUUGAAGGAAGUACAACAUGUCCUAUUUGUAAAGGUGAUAUAUUAGAACAUUUUAAACAUCAAUAA